UCUUGGACUAUUCUCUCUCUCCUCUCUCCCUCUCUCUCUCUCUCUCUCUCUGCGCUCCCCCUGCACAGUAAGCUUCAGAAAUCAGAGCAUGAAUGACUACAGAGAAGGCAACUCGACAUGCUGCUAUUUCCAUCCUCAAGAAGUAAUUGUUGGGGUCUGUCCCUUGUGCUUGAACGAGAGGCUUCUAGUUUUAGCAGCAAAGCAGGCGCACAACAACCACCACCACCAUCUUCCUCCUCAUUCAACCAGAAGCAGCCAUGGCCACAGAGCUCAGAGCCAGAGCAAUAACCCCAACAAGAAGCCACCUGUUGCUGGUCUUCCCAAGAUCUUUGCUUUUGGAUCUUUCCUCAAUCGCCUCGAAUUCCGGCAUUGGAAAUCUGGUUCUAUCUCCUAUGAAGAGGCUUCCCCUAGCCCAGAAGAUUCUUUCAUAUCAAUCAAAUUUGAGGACAAUGGUCUUGCGUCGUGGGAAAAAAACACAGCUUCUAAGGUGUCCUUUGACAAUUGCAAGGCUUCAUGGCCUCACAGCACGAGCAAGAAGACUAUCCCCGCUACCACAGCCUCUAGGGAAAGCAGUACCAAUAACAAGACGGUGGUCGAGCAUGCCAAGCCGCGCGCCUCGCUGAGGUGGCGGAAGCGGAUUGGCCACUUGUUCCAGCUCAUGAGAUGGAAGAGGUCCAGCAAGAGCAAGGGGAGCGUCUGCCACGUGGGCACCAAGGUGGAGGGGGUGAAGGUGAGGAGUGGCUGGAUGAGGACUCUCACAAAGAGGAGGACCAAAGAAUGAAAAAGGAAAAGAGAGAGGGUUUCAAAAGAAAAGAACGAGUCCCCUUCUUUUUGGGUAUUUUCUUUUGGGGCCUGCAAAGUGUGACUGUAAAGUUUGAUACUAUUGAGACCGACAGAGUCAAAGAAUAGCUUGAGUAAGUGCUUUCCUUUCUGAAUGCUCUCCGGAUCCUUGUAUAUUUAUCUAAAACCCCUUUUGCUUCUCAUGGUUGUAGCCAGAACAGAAAAUCAGACAAAAAGAAAAGUUGUUUGGGGCUUAAAAUGGCAUAUGUAAUUUCUUUAAAACGUCAUGAAAGGAAUCAUUUUGAUAUCCUUUGAAGAUAUGGGGCAAAAGUAAACAAUGAUGGACCAUGUGUACAAUGCUAAAGAAGUGCUUGUCC